UUCUUUAGAAGGAGUUGCUCUUGCCGACUCUUCAGUGUUCGUAAGGGAGCCGGGAAGAUGGUGAAUGUUCUGAAAGGUGUUCUGGUUGAGUGUGACCCUGCAAUGAAGCAGUUUCUGCUCUACUUGGAUGAGUCGAAUGCUUUGGGAAAGAAGUUCAUCAUACAAGACCUGGAUGAAACUCAUGUCUUUGUAUUAGCUGAGCUGGUCAACUUCCUCCAGGAGAGAGUGGGCGAGUUAAUGGACCAGAACUCAUUUCCUAUUACUCAGAAGUGAGAAAAACCAGAGAAAUGAGAUUACUGCAAGUUUUGGAACAGUGAAUUUCAGUAGUUUGGGUUGUUACUGUUUUAAUAGAUAACAGUGUGGCAUGUAAGUUCUACAUAGAAGUGGCUACUAUAGAAAAUGCAUCAUUUUCAUAGACAAAACAGUCUGGAAUUGGAUUUUGUUUCUCAUUUUGAAAGAAUGUGUUAUCUUUAUUAAAAGUCUUAAAAUUA